CUUUAACCCCAUUUUGCCCCUACCAUUGUCUCCAGACGCCACCUUCUUCAUUCUCUUGUUCAUAUAUAUAGCAGAACUUAGCAACAUCUCUCUCUUUGUAUCUGUAUAUAACACCUACAUCAAUAAAACAAAAGUUUGGUUUUCUUUUUCUUGAAUAGAACAAUAAGAGAAAUGCCUGGACUUGUAGCCAUGGAUGCAAUAAGUAGAGACAGAAUAGAAGAUGAUGCUGAUGGAGAAUUCUCGCCUUAUAAAGGAAGCUUUAGCCAUCAAAGGUCUCCAAGAAGCACACUGAGUCCACAUAGUCCCCGCAGUGACUCCAUUGAUCUAUCUAUUGAUGGGCUGAUUGACACAUCAAUCGAACAGUUGUAUCACAAUGUCUGUGAAAUGCAGAGCUCUGAUCCUUCGCCAUCCCGGACUAGUUUCUUGUCUUAUGGUGAGGAAUCGAGGAUUGAUUCAGAACUCCGCCACCUUGUCGGAGAUAUCGGAGAAGUGGAGGUAAUAACAAAAGAAGUGGUGACGGAAAAUAAAGAAGAUGGCGGUGUUGAUGACUUCACUCCCAAGAAAGCUACUAAUGGUGAUACUGAUCAAAGGUCUGCAAACAAGGACAGAAUCCGAGCUGCAAGUCUCAAGAAACAACUUUUCCGGUUGCAGUCAGAUAUGGAGGCGUCUGCAAAAUCUAAUCCUAAGAGCAGAUCUCCCCAUCAGAAGCCUUCGCUUGAUAGGAGGUUUGACAAGAAUAUGAGAAGGCCAAAUGCAAGUUUUCACAUGAAGAAGCACAAGAAUUUCGGUUCUAUUGCGUCAAAAUUUCAGAGUGAAACUGCAGAUCCUCUCGAGACAGGCUUAGAUAACCCUGAUCUUGGACCUUUCUUACUCCAACAGACGAAGUACAUGAUUUCUUCAGGCGAAAACCCACAAAAGACUCUUGAAUUUGCUCUUCGAGCAACAAAAUCAUUUGAGGUUUGUGCAAAUGGAAAACCAAAUUUAGAUCUUGUCAUGUCCUUGCAUGUUUUGGCAGCGAUUUACUGCAGCUUAGGCCGAUACAACGACGCAAUUCCUGUCCUUGAGCGAUCUAUUGAGAUCCCAGUAAUAGAAGAUGGCCAAAAUCAUGCACUGGCUAAAUUUGCUGGAUGCAUGCAACUGGGUGAUACAUAUGCAAUGCUAGGCCAGAUUGAGAAUUCAAUUCUAUGUUAUACAGCUGGUCUAGAAAUCCAAAGACAAGUCCUUGGAGACACAGAUCCUCGAGUUGGGGAGACAUGCAGGUACGUAGCCGAGGCUCAUGUUCAAGCACUGCAAUUCGAUGAAGCUGAGAAACUUUGUCAGGUGGCACUUGACAUCCACAGGGAGAAAGGAGGUCCUGCAUCGCUUGAAGAAGCAGCAGAUAGGAGGCUUAUGGGACUUAUAUCAGAAGCAAAAGGAGAAUACGAAACUGCUCUUGAGCAUUACGUUUUAGCAAGCAUGUCCAUGGCAGCAAAUGGGCAUGACAUAGACGUAGCUUCAAUUGAUUGCAGCAUUGGAGAUGCAUAUUUAUCUUUAGCACGAUACGAUGAGGCCAUUUUCUCUUAUCAGAAAGGGCUCACAGUGUUCAAAUCAAAAAAAGGAGAGAAUCAUCCAACAGUUGCUUCCGUUUUCGUACGUUUAGCUGAUUUAUACAACAGGAUUGGAAAAUUCAGAGACUCUAAAACUUUCUGUGAAAAUGCAUUCAGAAUCUACGAAAAACACAAUCCUGGAAUCGCUGCAGAAGAGAUAGCAAGUGGGUUGAUUGAUAUUGCAGCAAUCUACCAAGCCAUGAACGAGUUUGAUCAAGCAUUGAAGUUGCUUAAAAAAGCUUUGAAGAUAUAUGGCAAUUCUCCUGGACAACAAAGCACAAUUGCAGGAAUUGAAGCACAGAUGGGAGUCAUGUACUACAUGAUGGGGAACUACGGUGAUUCUUACAAUACAUUCAAAAGUGCUGUCUUGAAAUUUCGAGGGAGUGGAGAAAAGAAAUCAGCAUUGUUUGGGAUUGCUUUGAAUCAAAUGGGUCUAGCUUGUGUGCAACGUUAUGCAAUAAAUGAGGCAGCAGAUCUAUUUGAAGAAGCAAGAAGCAUUUUGGAGAAGGAAUAUGGACCUUGUCAUCCUGAUACAUUAGGGGUUUACAGCAAUCUUGCAGGCACCUAUGAUGCUAUGGGAAGAUUGGAUGAUGCCAUUGAAAUCUUAGACUAUGUUGUGGGUAUGAGAGAGGAGAAGCUAGGAACAGCAAAUCCUGACGUGGAUGAUGAGAAGCGAAGGCUAGCUGAGUUGUUGAAAGAUGCAGGAAAAGUCCGAAAUAGGAAAUCAAGAUCACUAGUAACUCUCCUUGACACACAGCUUCAAAUUAUAAAGGAUGAUGCCAUUCAGGUCUCAUAAUACCAAUUCUGUGUAUACUCAUGCUUGUAAAAUAUUAUAUUAGAUAAGAAUUAAGUUGCUGGUUUUGUUUCUAUUACAUUCCUGUUGGCAUUUUGGGAAAAACAAAUAAACAAAUCAAAGUACCUAUGAGAGAAAUAAAAAAUAUGUUUCCACUGUUGUGCAUAUAACACUCUAUAAAAAUAGGCUUAAUUUUCUUUUUCAA